AUGGCGGAUAACGAACUCAUCACCAACUUCACCGACGACGACCAACGACCGCCCGACGCCGCAGCCACCUUCCAUUGGAACCAUCUAAUAGACACAUGGGGAAGAGCUAACGUCUAUUUUUUUUUUCAAAUCACAUUACAGAUUAUUCACAAAGAGCAGUCAGUGCACGGCGAGUUGAGUGAAUUCUGCGAGUACUCGCUAACGGGAACCAGCCAGUACGACCCGAAUGAUAUCGAGCAAAGCAUCAGUUACUCGGCGAUUGGCCGAAGCAAAAUUAAUGCGGCACCAAGGACCACCGUUUUUCCACCGGUGAUAACAAUCGCUCCGGUAGAACUGUUUGGAGUACAGGCGCGUCCGAGCGAAUCUUGCAAUGUUACCAACGUUCCCAACCAACAUCAAUCUCCAAGAACAGCUUCUGGCACAAUCGGCCAAAAUGACCAACCCCUGGACCUCCGUACAUACUACACAGAGCUAACAUCCAAAUUCCCGACGCCCGUAACAGUCAGUUCGAUUACGAAAACAUCUGAUGCUUCGCUGAGGAAAAUAAAAAAGCCUUCGACGAAAGCCUAUGAAGAUUCUACAUUGCAGACAGCCCUCGGAAAAGUUAGGGAUUCCGCUAUGCCGUUGUAUACUGCCGCGAAGAAAUUCGGGGUGCCUCGUACAACUCUCCAAUACCGCCUAAGUGAACACUACAAAAACAAGGGUACUCGGGGACCAUAUACGAUAUUUUCCGCAAAUGAAGAGGCCAAUAUCGUAAAAUGGCUGAAGGAUAUGGGGCGCAAAGGAUAUCCAAUAACUCAGAACAGUUUGCGUUUCAAAAUAUCCAGCUUUCUGAAAGCGAACCCUCGCCCGACUCCUUUUACGAACAACAUACCAGGUUAGUAUGACACAAAUCUACUCUGACCAAAAACAGUAAUAUAUUAUAUCAGUUUUCAACUUCCAUAUUUUACAUUGUGUUCUUAACCCUUAUGUGGCUGGCAGGGUACCAGGGUACCUUUUUCGGCUUCAAAUCUCGACAUUUAAAUGUUUAUUGAGAUUUGGAAAUUGAAACUCUGCUAGAUCUAUGAACUCGUGAAUAGGGUCUGAGUGCCAUUAGUAAUCUUACGCUCCCACAUUUAACCUAUUCGAAAACAAGCGAUUACGGCACCGAUUGACUCCGUUCCUUUUGUUUUGAUACGUGCUCACU